AUGGCUGAACAGUUCACCGGUCUUGUUGAUUCAAUCGGAGGAUUGAGCAUCUCUGAUAGGACAACUGAAUUGAUUGGAUCAACCUCUAAUUGCCCAAGACCAACUCAGCAAGCUCUGGUGGAGACUCUUCGGAUGCUGAUACAGUCCUGCGAAGCUACUUUAGCACAUGCGCAACGGGUCCAGACUUUGGUUGAAAACACACAUACUCCGAGCGGCCAGGGCAUUGUGAAACUGAGCUCCCUGAGAAGAAGCGCUACCACUCUUGCCGGUAUCACAGAUACGUUCACCGAUGCAACCGAACGCUAUAUCAUAGCUUACAUCACAUCGCUUGCUGGUCCAGGAACACUGGUGCAGAAAAUGCUAUCGCAUUUUACUAACGAAUUGAGGAGCAUCGCUCGCGAUGUUCUUAAUAGCACCAGCGAUGACAACAACGUUCUGCGGGACACUUUAGAGAUGUGCUACGGCCAGGCUCUUCAUGCUUCUGGGACCCUGCACUCCGAUAACUACUUUAUUCCACUGGGCGAAGCUAGCCUUGAAUGGCCCUACGACCCCGACUUCGAGAGCGAGGACUACUACGAGCACGAAGAUCGCAUAGCCAUCGACGAUGGCUAUGCCGAGGCCUUUCGUGUGCGAUGCGAACGCAAAUUCGAGAAGGAACGGCAGCAAAGGGAAGAAUGGAUUAGUUUUUGGGUUCAGGCGCUGAGUAAAUGUCCCAACGGGUCCACACUAUUCUAUUCGCCAGCAAGUCAUCCUCCUCGUUGUCAAUUUGCAGAUGUCCCGCGAUAUUUGUUUAGAGCGUUCGACUAUGAAAGCUCUGGCAGAAGCGACCACCAUGUCGUAGCUUCCGCUGAGAGCAUUUCCGCAAUAUCAUGGCGCAGCAGAGUCGAUCUCCUCUCAAGGACGGCAGAGGAAGUCACACGAAUGCUUUACAGUCACCUUAAUAAAUCAUGUUUUUGGGGGAAGAUACCGACAACCUAA